CAAUACAUUUUUUAUAUCAAAAUUUUUUUGACAGAUGGAUUCGGAAGAGAAGGAAAACCGUAAAGUUUUGGAGGAGAAGCAAGCAUUGUUGGAUAAACUUAAACAAGAAAUUGCCAACACAAAAAGGGGAGCUAAUUUGUCUGCUUCAAGUUUAGAAUCUGGAUCUACUGGGACAAUAACUUCAACAUCAUUGCGUACAAACUCUUCACCUCCCGACAAAAUUACAACAAAGAAGAGAAUUGGGCAUUUGUUUGGUGCGAGGAAUUGUUAA